AUUCCUACGUACAUUUCUUCUUAACUUUAAUUUGAACCCUUAAAAAACGGAAACAGAUAGAUAUUUGGACGAAAACGGACUGUCGACUUAAAGACUAAAAGACUUGCUGUAGCGAGAGUCCGGCUCUGAAGCGCGCACACGUUUCAGCACCUUGGACAGCGCACGGCGCCGCAGUGGAUUCAACCGGUGGCUUUCAACCAGAGCAGCAGUGUAAAAGGGAGCGUUUGGCUAUUAAGUGACAUACAAAUCACUUUCUUCCCACAUGUGGCAGACGUCCCCUGCUUUCUGCAUCGCCUGGACUCCUUUCCCUUUUCAUUCUUUCUCACACGGGGCGUCUUUUUCGAUUCUAUCGUGUAGGUAGGCGUGCCGCUGGAUGCGUGGUCGACUCCAGAAGCAGUGCCGAGCAGCGUGGAAUAGGUGACUGUCAGGAAGGCGGAGUGGUCCGGUGUGCUGGUGCUGGUGCUGGUGCCUAAGAGACCCUUUAUUUCUAAGGAUGCUGGUGGGAAAUGCCUGGAGACAGAGAUGACGAGAUUUGUCAAAAGGCACUUGAACUCCUGUCAGAUCUUUGUUCGAAGGGAGAAGUGCAGAACGAACACUGCCUGGAUUUUAUCUACUAUUUCCGAGAUCUCGCCCGACCACGCUAUACGGAUUCAGAUAUCUCGGUGAGUCUGUUGUCACUGGUAGUGACUGCCUGUGGCCUUGCCCUGUUUGGGGUCUCCCUCUUUGUCUCCUGGAAGCUCUGUUGGAUACCAUGGAGGGAACGUGGGCUCUCUCCCACCACCAAGGAGCCCCAUGGGCACCUCAACCCUACCAUGAGCCUUUUACCCUCGCUGCCAGCCCCCAGGCAGCCAGUUUACACAGCCGUGGACCCCCCGCCGCACAACCGCCGUGAGUCAUCCCAAUGCUCCAUCACCAGAGAACCCACUCUUGUGGCAUCUGAAGUAUCUGUGGAGGGCCCUGUGACUCCUUUAUCACCACCACCUGUGGUCAUGGCCACACCAGAGGCAGCUAUGAAGAUCAGUCACACAUCUCCAGACAUCCCAUUGGAUGCCCAGAGCAAAACCCGGGAAAAUGGGGUUCACACCAACCCUCGGAUGCAGAGACAGACCACUGAACCUCCACCCUCUGGUCACUGCAUUUCUGAAAUUGGACAAGGGACCAUCCGCAGACAUAUGAACCUGUCUAAUCCAGACUUCAACGUGGCCCAGUUCCAAAGGCAGGACUCCCUCACUGGAAUGGGGCUGGGCCUGGGUCGCCUGAAACCUGAGCUCUACAAACAGCGCUCACUUGAAGGAGAGGAUGGAAGUCGCAGAGGUGGGGGCUGUGGGCGCCUACACUUUAUCCUCAAAUUUGAUUGUGACCUGGAACAGUUAAUAGUUAAGAUCCACAAAGCAGAGGACCUCCCAGCCAAGGACUUUUCUGGAACCUCUGACCCUUAUGUCAAGAUCUACCUGUUACCUGAUCGUAUGACCAAGCACCAGACCAAGGUGCACCGCAAGACACUGAACCCUGUGUUUGAUGAGGUCUUCCUGUUUCCUGUGGCGUACUCUGAGCUUCCCACACGUAAGCUGCACUUCAGUGUCUAUGACUUUGACCGGUUUUCUCGCCAUGACAUUAUCGGCCAAGUGGUUGUGGACAACUUCCUGGAUUUGGCAGAUUUCCCUAGGGAGACCAGGCUUUGUCGGGAAAUUCAGUACAUGUCCACGGAUAAUGUGGACCUCGGGGAUCUUAUGUUUUCGCUCUGUUACCUGCCCACUGCAGGCAGAUUGACCAUCACCCUGAUUAAGGCUCGCAAUCUGAAAGCCAUGGAUAUCACUGGUGCUUCUGAUCCUUAUGUGAAGGUUUCACUAAUGUGUGACGGGCGCAGACUGAAGAAGAGGAAGACGUCAACUAAGCGGAACACUUUGAACCCCAUCUAUAAUGAGGCCAUUGUCUUUGAUGUCCCCCCAGAAAAUAUAGAGCAGAUCAGCCUGCUGAUUGCAGUGAUGGACUAUGACCGUGUAGGCCAUAAUGAGGUCAUUGGUGUGUGUCGAGUUGGCAACGAUGCGGACAACCUCGGCCGAGACCACUGGAGUGAAAUGCUCACAUAUCCUCGAAAACCUGUCGCCCACUGGCAUCCUCUUGUUGAGUACCAAGGGAACACAGGAAGUAGCCAGGGAGGAUCCUGUAAUUCUCUGAAGACGCCUCCUUCUCCGUAGCCUUGAGCAACAAUUCACAUAAGGACAUCAAUCAACCUGAAGCCUCGGCUGUACCUUUGGAUAGCUGUGCUGCUAAGCGCUGCACAACAUAGAACAUGGGUAACCUAAACUGAUAAACAGAGACACAAACUGGAUCAGCUGCAUGUUGAAUGACCGCAAAGAUGGAUGUUUUCUUUUUUUAUGAUGUUCCAUAAGAAAAACAACAGGCAUAUACAGACAUUUUAAGUCUGUGCUAUCCCUGGGGUUUCUACAGUAGUAACUGUUUUUUACAUCGUCUUGUUCCUUGUUUUAAUGAGGUGACUGUAUUUGCACAAUGUACUUAACAACCAGUUGAACUGCCAUACUGUUUUGAAUUUGGUGGUGAAUUGGUGCAUGAGGUCAUGGUUCGAUGGGAUUUCUUCUCCUCAUUUGUUUGUUUCUGAUUCUAUUUUCGGGAAAACGACGUGUUGUUCUGUCAGUUGAUGUGAAGUGACGGUUAACUUCUAGGCAAAAUAUCUGUAAGUAAGAUAUGUUGAAUGUUAUCAAUAAAUAUUAUCCCAUAAAAACAA